CGAAAAUGAAAGUUAUCCGUUUUGGCCUUUGUAUCUUCUAAGAAAAGUGAUCACGCCACUUCUGCCAAUCAAUAAUAUAUGCUGUCUGUAGCCAUUGUCAUAGGUUUCUCGUUAUUUCGGGAAAGUACCUUUCGGGGAAAUUGCCUUUGAUAAAGCACUAUUGCGCAUGCAUGGUCUUAGAAAGAGAAACUUUUCCUGUCGAAGAAGCUGCCGAACUCAUCAUUAUUUCAAAGGGAAACAUUUGCCAAUUUAUUUUACAGCAAGAAACUUUUGAAGCGUGCCUCUUGCUUCGCUGCCGUUUCGACUAGUAAACUGAGAGAAGUUUAAAGCCUAACGUCUUUCAAUACUACGAUGACUGAACAAUGUGCAGUUCCUCUUUGUCUUCCAAACAACUGUAAAUGGGACGAGCAGACUGGGGAGUACAGCAAGAGCGGUGGCGCAAGAGAAAGCCUUUGUGUUGUUGAAGCAGCCCUUGAGAGGCUCAAGGGUAUCAAAGGUCCAGUCUGUGUGGUUUCAAUCGCUGGACCUUGUCGCAAAGGAAAAUCGUACAUCUUGAGUAGAUCAUUCGAUCAGGGAGAAGUGUUUCCUCUUGGUCAUUUCCUGGAUCCGGAAACCAUGGGAAUUUGGAUGUGGAUUGUUCCAGAUAAAUUCAAGGACUCCAAUGGACAGGAGUUCACAGUGGUUUUGCUUGACUCUGAAGGCAUAGAUGCUGUGUCAAGUGGUGGAUCAGACGAUCACUGUAUUUUUACACUGACCAUCCUUCUUGCUUCUGUACUGAUUUACAACUCUGCUGGUGUACCGACCAGGACUGAUCUGGAUGGACUAGACUUUAUCGUAAAACUUUCUCAGCGAAUUCAGCUUCAUUCGUCAACACCAACGACUGAUCCAGUCAGUGGCGGAAGCCUACAAGCUGAUGCGAAUCAGUUUCAUAAAACAUUCCCCUCCUUCAUCUGGUUGCUAAGAGAUGUCGUGCUAUAUCUUCCAAAGGACUGUCACAGUAUCAAGGAUUACUUCCUGACAAGGGUUUUCAAGCCUGACCCACUCCAAGGCAACCAACCAAACCAAGUGGCAGAGAGCAUCUUGAAGUUUUUCCCUGGGUUUGAUGCUUUCAAGCUUCCACCGCCGUCAUCAGACCCGGAAGUGGUAACGAACCUUAACAGAGACGAGGUGCAGCAAGACGUGAACAAGCCAUUUAUCCGAGGAGUUCAGGAUUUCAGGGCAAUGCUCAGGUCUAGGCUAUCCCCUAAGCGCAGUUUUAACGAUGGAGAACUCGUAACUGGCGAAGCUCUUGCAGCUCUCGUUAAUAUUUACGUUUCCGCCUUGAACACUCCUGGCACGGUGCCCAGUGUGCAGAGUGCGUGGGAGAUCUUUGUGCACACUAAGUGCACUGAGGCCAAGCUAGCCGCUUUACAGGUGUAUGAAAGUACAAUAACGUCAGAGCUGGAUGGCUUACUGCCUUGUGACAGCGAUAAAAUACGUCAGGUCCAGGAGAGAGCCAUUGAAGAAGGCAUGAGGAUUUUUCAGGAAGAAACUAUUGGAGUAUCUGCCUCGAGUAGCGAGAAGUAUUUGGAUGAGCUCAUGGAGAGUAUGAACGAAGCAUUGAAACGGUGGCAGAAUGAGAACAAUCGACUUACGAAAGAACAAUGCCAUAAACUGUUGAGGGCUUUGAAAGAAGAACAUUUAGACCCCGUUCUAAGGGAGCUCAGUGGCAAGGAUGGAGCGUCAGUCAGCUUCUCUCAGAUUAUUGGAGGCUACUCAGCAAUUGAGCAGGGAUUUACACGUGACGCACGAGGAGCCAAGGACAUUUGUGCUCAAGUGUUUUACGAGUUUCAUCCGGAAAUGCAGGCAGAGAUAGAAAAAUACAUGGCGUAUUUACAACAGCUGAAGGACUUCGACGAGUCUUUGGCUUUGGAAAGACAAGAAAAGGCUCGUCAGGAGCAGGAGAGACGACGAAUCGAGGAAGAGAAUGCUCGGUUAGAGGAGGAGCGGCGUGCGAAAGAAAAGGAGAUGGAAAUUCUGAAAGUUAAACAAGACGAAGAUAGGAGACGGUUGGAAGAGCAGUUCAAAGCGGACAUGGAAGCCCAAAGAGAGCAAAUGCACAACAUGAUGACAGCAAACAUGGAAGAGCUGCGAAAGGAUCGAGAGGCAAUUGUCGAGCAAAAUCAAACCCUUAAGGAGAUGAUGGAGCAGAUGCGGCAGUCAAUGGAUAAAAGAAAUGACCAAAUUGCCGAGCUUCAGAAGCAAAUUCUUGCUCUAGCGAACAGGCCACCUCCCCCAACAUCCAUAUCAAUUUGUGUUAUUUCGUAAAAGCACGAACAUUCGGCCUUCCCCAGUACACCUAAAAUUGCAUUUAUUCAAAAAGGGCGGCUGGUGAUGGAAUGAGCGACUACAACCACAUAGGGAGCUAUAAAAAUCCUAUAAGUUGCAGUAGAAUGCCUGUGAUAUAAAAGGCUACUGUUAAAGUCAUUAGAUAAGUAUUAUUUAAGUUACUUGCAGUGAUUUCAAAGCUUAUUCGCCUCUUGAAAACUGUGAAGUAUAUCUAUGUUGUAACCGACUUGAUUGCAUUAAACAAGUGUCAAAGCAAAAACGUC